AAUCUUACUUCAACGAAGUCCGACCAGACAAGCAAAAGAAAAAAGCAAGAAAGAAAAAUAAACAAGUACCAAGCGGGGGUUGACAGGUCUGCUCUCGACUGGAUUUCUGAAAAAAACAUUGAAUCUUAUCGAACAGUAAGAUAUAUAUUUUUUAAAUAUCCUCUUGAACACAUCUGUCAGCCCCCGCUUGAUGGGGGUUGUGGAUCAAUUCUGGAUCCGCAGCCCCAAGCAAUGCCGACACACAGGCAGCAGCCCCUCCCAGCUCUUAUGCCAGCUGUGAGUUUCUCAGUUUAUGAGCCGGACAGAAGCGGACAACAAGUUCCAGAAAUGCUUGAGAGGGAAGAGAUGUUUUCAACCGAUUCCACCAAGAUACAGCUCUUCACACCCCAAAGGGAAGAAGACCAGCAGCAGGAGGAUCAUCUCUAUGGGCUGGAGAACAACAUUUUUCAAAACUAUUAUUUUGAUGAAGAUUUUCAGUUACCUAACUUCAAUAUAAAUAUGUUUCAUUUGCAUUCUUUCAGAAACCUAAAUUUAUACCUUAUUGCAAAAAAUCCGGUAAACGAUUUUUUGUGGACUGUUAAAAAUGACAGUAAUUUACCUUCAAUGAUAUCAAGAACAGCCAAUUUACAAGAUUUACAGGCUGCAGUUGUUUUACCAAAUUACAGCCCCUCUGAUUUCAGUACUGUAGGUAUAAGACAGACUUCCCUUACAGAGAAAAUUAUGCUGUUAAAAGACGCUUUCAUUAAGCUAACAACUUGUCGUGAUAAAAAGCAACUUUUUAAGCGAAUAAUGACAUUAUUUUCAGAAGCAAAAAAUGAUUUAGGUCUUAAUGCAGUGCCUGCAGGUAGACACCUGGAGCUUUGGCUAAAAUCUUACCAGACGAAACAUAAAAGGGGCAAACAAUAUGCAUUUGCUGUUUGUAAAAUGAAAAAUGGUAAAUAUAAGCAUUUUCAGGGCGUUUGUCCAUGUUUUCGAAACAAGAAGAGGAAAAGUUCUGCUUCUCCUUCCACUGAAGUUACAUCACACAGUGAGGAAAGCUUAAUUCGACAAAUUGACAAAUUUCUACUGAACAACGGAACAAAUGUGCGGCAUAUUUUAAUUUAUACUCUCAACAGUCCUUGUUUGAAGAGAGAAAAACAUAUUGAGCCAUGUAUGUUUAAACUUUUAGAGAUGGCUGAUCAGUGGCUCAGUAAAUAUGGAUUUUUUACUGAUGUGGCGUUCACAAAGUUUUGGGGACUAACGGGUCCAAAUUAUUUUGCAGAUCUCAAGUUCUCUGACAUCUCAAGUCCCAGCAGCUGCUUUUAUCCAUAUGUUCAAACAUGCAAGAAAACCCCUUUCAAACUGGACAGUACAUUUUUCAGAAAAGAUGUUAUAAAAUGUGGUAUCUACCGGACACUCUAUGAUAUUAAAGACACAAAACAAAGAAGCAAACCAAAAGGUGAUAUUCAAUCGUGUCUCCACAAACUUGUGAAACUGGCAGAAAAUUCAGUUAAUCUGAGAAAAGACCAACAUGUGGCCCGUGGAGUGAAAAUGAUUUCUUCUCUCACAUUUCACCCACUGAUCCACAAUAAAAUUAUUGACAUUUUGACAAAGAACUGGAAUGAAAUGGUUAUCUAUAGUUCAAUGUCACCUAUUAGAGAACAAAUAAACACAGAUUUUAACACUGCUGUAGUUCAUCUGUUUCUAAAAUACCUUAAGUCAACUUUGGGGAACAGCAGCCCUUUACAGCUUUAUCAGGUCCCCAGAACAGAGUGAGAAUAUUUUGGACUGAUUAAAUACUUCAUUUCAAUCACAAUAUUAUAUAUAUUAUUACAAAAUGUAUAUAAUGUUUUGAAUAUAUUUCUUAAUAUGUAAAAGUAAGACCUUCACUUUCUGUAAUUACACAGAAGUUUGUGGUCUUAAUAGUAAAAAAAAUACUAAAAUUAGUAAUUUAUUACUAAUAUUAGUUUACUUUUAUUAAGUCAUUUUGAAUUAAUAAAUUUUUAAAGGUUGGAAACCUUAACUUUGGGUGUCAUUUGUAAUUAGAGCUCUAAUUACUGUUGUAACUCAAGUACAGAUUUUGUCUGGAUCUUUGUUGACUGUUUCGUCCUGAGCUCAUGGCAAUAAAAACCUUAAAUUGA